AUUCUUCAAAUAUGGCGGCUGAGUUCUUCUUCCUUGAGUUAAUCGAAAACUUGAAAAACACUUUGCGCCGUGGCUGGGACUUGCGCGAUGUGCCCAAUCCCGAGAGUGUUAGCGACCACAUGUACCGCAUGGCUAUUAUGUGCCUUAUGGCGAACGGAUUUGAUGACCGGACGCGGACGAAAGCUGUCUAUAUGGCACUGAUACAUGACAUGGGAGAGGCGUUGGUAGGGGAUAUUGCUCCUGCGGACGGGAUAAGUCGAGAACGAAAAUUUGUCCGAGAAGAGAUGGCCUUCAAAUUUCUCGCGUGUACCCUGCGUUCCUCGCACCCGGCGUUCGCGAACUCGAUGACCGAUUUGUGGUAUGAAUACGAGGAAGGGAAGAGCGACGCAGCAGUACUAGUCCGGCAGAUUGAUAAAUUGGAGUGUAUGCACCAAGCGGUGAUUUACGAAGAACGGGACGGGAUCGACAUGAGUGAAUUCAUGAAAUUGAAGGAAGCCGUCACGUUGACGGAAUUGCAGCCUCUAUUGGACGCUUGCUUGCAGAAGCAUGAAGAGGUGGCGGCGAGAAAAGAGGUGGGUCUCUUUGUGAUAUUCGUCUCUGGGGGGCCUGGUGUCGGGAAGGGGACGAAUUGCACCCGCUUAGCAGAAGAGUUUGACCUUCACCAUAUCUCAGUAGGCGAUUUGCUGCGCGAGGAAGCAAAGCGACCGAUUUCUCCUUAUCGAGAUUUCAUUCCAGAAAGCAUUGAAAAAUCGGUGCUACUUCCAGCUCAGCUGACUACCCAACUCUUGAGCAAAGAAAUCAGUAAUGCACGAGCACAGGGGAAACACGGGUUCCUUCUAGACGGUUUCCCAAGAAGUGUCGCCCAAGCAGUCGAUUUUGAGGUCAAGGUCUGCAAUAGUCACGCGACACUAGCCUUAGACUGCUCAGAAGCGGAACUCAGACGGCGUUUGCAGCUUCGUUCCAUAUCGUCAGGGAGGGUAGACGAUAAUCCCGAUUCCAUAAUACGAAGGCUUCACACCUUCAACGAGAACAACGCAGAAGUUCUUCGGUACCUACAGACACGCGGCCCGCUUCAUAAGGUAGAGGCAUGCGGCUCGAUUAACGAGGUGUAUAUCUCCGUUCGUUCGAAAGUUCAAAUAAUCCUCUCGACGUUCACAUGAUCCCGCUGCUUCCUCCUAGCAACCAUAGCCUUGAGAGUUCGCCUGGGCAAACGAUGGGCUGUCAUCCUGGCCAAAUGCCAAAUGACAUAGGGAAACAUCCACGCUUUCUUCAUUCAUCCAAUUGUAUCGUUGCUUGGCUGAUAUCUGAGGCGACUUCAAUUCUUUCUCGAUGCUGUAUAAUUCACGAGGCACCGUUCUAGAAAAAUGGAGAUGGGCUAAGAGAACGUUGCUGACGUGCACACUUCUCCUGAUAAGGGUGGUGGCUUGUUCGGGAUGUCGCCAUGUGUAGCUCUACGCUGGGGUCAAUAACUAUUUUGGACUUGGAUGCGGGC